ACGUCUCCGGUUUGACUAGCUAAGAUUGAACAUCCAGGGAAAGAGGGAAGGCGGCACGAGGCUCUCUUGGAUUGUUAUCUAGGUUCUGCGAGUUGGCAUCGAUCAGUCGAGAGGGGUAGAGAGGGAGGAAGAAGAGGAAGAAGAAGAGUCACUAAGGUGACAUGGCGAGCGACAAGUCGGUGAUGGCGGUUAUAAGGGCGUCCCGGCCGUCGUUCCGGAACGACCACGACAAGGUGGCGUUCCUGGUGCACGCCUCCUUCUUCUCAGCCGAUUAUGUCCUUACUGCUGCCGGGAAAUCCGCUCUCGGUGAAAUUUCUUCGCUUCUUUCCAUCGGUGAAGAGGAAGUGGGAACAGAGGGGUGGAACGAACUGGAGGACUCGUAUGGGUUCCUUUACAAGAAAACCGAUGACAAAGGCAGGAAGAAGACGGUGUUGGUCAAAUGCUUGGCGUUUGGGGACAUACUUACGGUGGACGCCGUCCCAACCGGCGAUGGGGAGCGGAAAGCGCCCCUCGAUCUUCAGAUCAAGGUUGGCGACUACGUCCGCGAUGGCUCUUCAGCAAACUAUAGUGAACUUUAUAAGAAUCUGCCCGAGUUUGUUAAGAAUAUCAAUGGUUCUAUUCUGUCGAAACUUGAGGACCAGCCAGAGGAGGGAUCUAGUUCAUCAAAAUCUAGAUUACAGAUAGGGGAAGAACAUGGUCAAGGGCAACCUGAUAUUGGGUUUGGUCGAGAGCCUGGUACAACUUCGAUAAGACCUGCUCCAGCCCCACCAAUCCCACCUCUUGGAGCUAACGAUCUUUAUCCAAGUCUUGGUGCUGGCAUGUAUCCUGCCAGGGAUACUUAUGGGAGUUAUGGAGGAAUGCUUUUAGGACCAAAUGAUCCACGCUGGAACGGGAUACAUGGAGAUCCUGAUCCUAUGUCUGGCGGAGUGCCAUUUGUGCCGCCUGGAGCACGGUUUGAUCCAUAUGGUCCUCCUGAUGUUCCCGGUUUUGAACCGAGUCGUUUUGUGAGGAACCCGCGGCGGCCUGGAAGCAAUGUACACCCGGAUCUGCAGCACUUCUCUCCGUUCUGAUGAAAGAGAGGACUUCUUGUUAUGUUCCUUUUCACGCGAGUGAUGUGGAUUAUGUUGACGAGCUUAUAGAUACAUUUCACGGAAGUUGUCGAGAGGCUUUGUGCUACAGGAUACAUAUAGAACUUAUUACUUGUAAAUACGUUUAAUAAUAAUUUGGAGUUCCAAUAUCUUGAAUA